GUGGUGUUCUGGGAGCGCGGGCCCCGCCAUUCGCUCGACUUAGCACGUCGUGGUUCCCCGCGUCGCCGCCUCACGACCUAGGAGGCCGGAGCCGAACUCCCUUCUUGCCAAGAUGUCCAUUGGUGUGCCGAUAAAAGUCCUCCAUGAGGCUGAGGGCCACAUCGUGACUUGUGAGACAAACACUGGAGAGGUGUACCGUGGGAAGCUCAUCGAGGCAGAGGACAACAUGAACUGCCAGAUGUCCAACAUCACUGUCACAUACAGAGAUGGUCGUGUGGCACAACUGGAGCAGGUGUACAUUCGUGGCAGCAAGAUCCGUUUUUUAAUUUUGCCUGACAUGCUGAAAAACGCACCUAUGUUAAAGAGCAUGAAAAAUAAAAACCAAGGCUCGGGGGCUGGCCGGGGAAAAGCUGCUAUUCUGAAGGCCCAAGUGGCUGCAAGAGGAAGAGGACGUGGAAUGGGACGUGGAAACAUCUUCCAGAAGCGAAGAUAAAUUUAUCUGUUGAACCAAACUUUGCUCGUAUUUUUUUCUUUUAGGUCAUCUAAAACUGUGUAUAUGUUCUGUUUUCUUUUAACAUCUUUCUCUUUAGACAAGGGGGAAUGUUAAACUAAAUAAAUAUGGUUGUGUUUUUUUCUUUUUGAGAAAGUAAGAACUGUGUGU